CAUGUAAACAUCAUAAUAAAUCUGCAGCUGUUUGGGGCCUCAGACCGUCUGCUGUGGACACAAGAUGCUGUAAACUUGUUGUUUAUUUGUUCCAAUAAAGCUGUUAAAAAGGGAGGAAGAGGAGGAGGCUGUGUGGAGGGAGGAGGAAGAGGAGGAGGCUGUGUGGAGGGAGGAGGGAGGAGGAAGAGGAGGAGGAGGGGGGGGCAGUGCGGAUUCUUUCCCGUCAUUCCCUGCAGCAGCAGCAGCAGCAGCUCCCUCCUCCCGUCUCUCGGUGCUCUCUGUGUCGGAUGCCCGUCUGCGGACUCUUCCUCUCGGCUGAAGUUUGGAGCCUCGCCCGGACCCUGUGAGCAGCGCUCGGCCUGCAGCCGCCGAUGUGGACGACGUGUCUCUGCUGACGUGUCAGAGGUGAAAGGUCAUGAUGACGACGGUGGCCGCCGAGUACGACCACAUGGAGCUGCAGCAGCAGUACAGCAGCAGCAACGACACGGUCAACAACCGCUGGGACGAUGACUGGGACAACGAGAACAGCUCGGCCCGCCUCUUCGAACGCUCCCGCAUCAAAGCGCUCGCAGAUGAGCGCGAGGCGGUGCAGAAGAAGACCUUCACUAAGUGGGUGAACUCUCACCUGUCCAGAGUCUCCUGCAGGAUCACAGAUCUCUACAUGGACCUGAGAGACGGACGCAUGCUGAUCAAACUGCUGGAGGUCCUAUCAGGAGAGAGACUGCCGAAGCCGACUAAAGGUCGGAUGCGGAUCCACUGCCUGGAGAACGUGGACAAAGCUCUGCAGUUCCUGAAGGAGCAGCGGGUUCACCUGGAGAACAUGGGCUCCCACGACAUCGUCGACGGAAACCACCGACUCACGCUGGGCCUCAUCUGGACCAUCAUCCUCCGCUUCCAGAUCCAGGACAUCAGUGUAGAGACUGAAGACAACAAGGAGAAGAGAUCAGCCAAAGAUGCUCUGCUGCUCUGGUGUCAGAUGAAGACGGCCGGGUAUCCCAACGUCAACAUCCACAACUUCUCCACCAGCUGGAGAGACGGCAUGGCCUUCAACGCUCUCAUCCACAAACACAGACCUGAUCUGAUCGACUUUGACAAACUGAAGAAGUCCAACGCUCACUACAACCUGCAGAACGCCUUUAACCUGGCGGAGCAACACCUGGGUCUCACCAAGCUGCUGGACCCCGAAGAUAUCAGUGUGGAUCAUCCUGAUGAGAAGUCAGUCAUCACCUACGUCGUGACGUAUUAUCACUAUUUCUCCAAGAUGAAGGCUCUGAAGGUGGAGGGCAAACGUAUCGGAAAGGUGCUGGAUAACGCCAUCGAGACGGAGAAGAUGAUCGAGAAGUACGAGUCUCUGGCCUCCGACCUGCUGGAGUGGAUCGAACAGACCAUCAUCAUCCUCAACAACAGGAAGUUUGCCAACUCUCUGGUGGGAGUCCAGCAGCAGCUGCAGGCCUUCAACACCUACCGAACCGUGGAGAAGCCUCCAAAGUUCACAGAGAAAGGAAACCUGGAGGUUCUUCUCUUCACCAUCCAGAGCAAGAUGAGAGCCAACAACCAGAAGGUCUACAUGCCGCGAGAGGGGAAACUCAUCUCAGAUAUCAAUAAGGCCUGGGAGAGACUGGAGAAGGCGGAGCAUGAGAGGGAGCUGGCUCUGAGGACGGAGCUGAUUCGUCAGGAGAAACUGGAACAGCUGGCCAGACGCUUCGACCGCAAGGCGGCCAUGAGAGAGACCUGGCUCAGCGAAAACCAGAGACUGGUGUCACAGGACAACUUUGGUUUCGACCUUCAGGCCGUCGAGGCGGCUACCAAGAAGCACGAGGCGAUUGAGACGGACAUUGCGGCGUACGAGGAGCGCGUGCAGGCCGUGGUUGCCGUGGCGAAGGAGCUGGAGGUGGAGCACUACCACGACAUCAAACGCAUCACCGCCAGGAAGGACAAUGUGAUCAGGCUGUGGGAGUACCUGCUGGAGCUGCUGAAGGCCCGCAGACAGAGGCUGGAGAUGAACCUGGGCCUGCAGAGAGUCUUCCAGGAGAUGCUCUACAUCAUGGACUGGAUGGACGAGAUGAAGAUGCUGCUGCUGUCUCAGGAUUAUGGGAAGCAUCUGUUGGGUGUGGAGGACCUGCUGCAGAAACACGCUCUGGUGGAGGCUGACAUUGCCAUCCAGGCUGACCGGGUGAAGGCGGUCACCACCAACGCCACCAAGUUCUCUGUGACCGAAAGUGGCUACAAGCCCUGCGACCCUCAGGUCAUCCAGGAUCGGGUGUCCCACCUGGAGUUCUGCUACCAGGAGCUGACCCAGCUUGCUGCAGAGCGCCGAGCCCGCCUGGAGGAGUCUCGUCGCCUCUGGAAGUUCUUCUGGGAGAUGGCCGAGGAGGAGGGUUGGAUCCGUGAGAAGGAGCAGAUCCUGUCCUCUCUUGAGCACGGAAAAGACCUGACAGGGGCGCUGCGCCUCCUCAGCGAGCAGCGUGCCCUGGAGGACGAGAUGAGCGGCCGCGCCGGACACCUCCAGCACACCAUUGCGGAGGGCCAGGCCAUGGUGCAGGCCGGCCACUUUGCUGCCACAAAGAUCCAGGAUCGUAUCACUGACCUCCAGGCUCAGUGGGCAGCACUGGAGCAGCUGGCAGCAGCGAGGAAGAAGAGGCUGGAGGAAGCUCUGGCGCUGCACCAGUUCCAGGCUGACGCGGAUGAUGUUGAUGCCUGGACGCUGGACGCACUGCGCAUCGUCUCCAGUGGAGAGACAGGCCAUGAUGAGUUCUCCACCCAGGCUCUGGUCAGGAAGCACAAGGACGCAGCAGCGGAGGUGGCCAGCUAUCGGCCCGUCAUCGACUCGCUCCACGAGCAGGCUGCUGCCCUGCCUAAAGAGGAGGCGGAGUCAGAGGAGGUGCGCGGGCGGCUGGUGGGCAUCGAGGAGCGCUACAAGGAGGUGGCAGAGCUGACGAAGCUGAGGAAGCAGGCGCUGCAGGACGCUCUGGCUCUCUACAAGAUGUUCAGUGAGGCCGACGCCUGUGAGGUUUGGAUUGAUGAGAAGGAGCAGUGGCUGAACAGCAUGGAGAUCCCCGAAAAACUGGAGGACCUGGAGGUCAUACAGCACAGGUUCGAGAGUCUGGAGCCAGAGAUGAACAACCAGGCAUCUCGUGUUGCCGUGGUAAACCAGAUCGCCCGGCAGCUGAUUCACAACGGUCACCCGAGUGAGAAGGACAUCAAGACCCAGCAGGACAAACUCAACAACAGGUGGAGCCAGUUCCGUGACCUGGUGGACCAGAAGAAGGAGUCCCUGAACUCUGCUCUGGGUGUGCAGAACUACCACCUCGACUGCAAUGAGACCAAAUCCUGGAUCAAAGAGAAGACCAAGGUCAUUGAGUCCACCCAGGAGCUGGGCAAUGACCUCACCGGGGUCAUGGCCCUGCAGCGCAAACUGACCGGUAUGGAGCGCGACCUGGCCGCCAUCGAGGACAAGCUGGGUGACCUGCGAGGCGAGGCCCAGCGGCUGGCAGAGGAGCACCCAGACCAGGCAAAGGCCAUCACAGGCCGUCUGGCUGAGAUCACAGCCGUCUGGGAGGAAAUGAAGAACACUCUGAAGAACCGUGAGGAGUCUCUUGGCGAGGCCAGGAAGCUGCAGCAGUUCCUGCGUGAACUGGACGACUUCCAGUCCUGGCUGUCCCGCACUCAGACGGCCAUUGCCUCCGAGGACAUGCCCAACACGCUGGCCGAGGCCGAGAAGCUCAUGGCCCAACACGAAGGCAUCAAGAACGAGAUCCAGAACUACGAGGAGGACUACCAAAAGAUGCGGGACAUGGGGGAGAUGGUGACACAAGGCCAGACGGACGCGCAGUACAUGUUCCUGCGACAGCGGCUGCAGGCGCUCGACACCGGCUGGAACGAGCUGCACAAGAUGUGGGAGAAUCGGCAGAACCUGCUGUCCCAGUCCCACGCUUACCAGCUGUUCCUGAGGGACACCAAGCAGGCUGAGGCCUUCCUCAACAACCAGGAGUACGUCCUGGCUCACACUGAGAUGCCCACCACCCUGGAGGGCGCUGAGGCCGCCAUCAAGAAGCAGGAAGACUUCAUGACCACCAUGGACGCAAACGAGGACAAGAUCAACAGCGUGGUGGAAGCCGGCAGGCGGCUGGCCAGCGACGGAAACAUCAACGCUGAACGUAUCCAGGAGAGAGUCACUUCCAUUGACGACAGACAUAAGAAGAACAGGGAGGCUGCCGUGGAGCUGCUGAUGAGACUGAAGGACAACAGAGACCUGCAGAAGUUCCUGCAGGACUGCCAGGAGCUGUCUCUGUGGAUCAAUGAGAAGAUGCUAACAGCUCAGGACAUGUCCUACGACGAGGCCAGGAACCUGCACAGCAAGUGGCUGAAGCACCAGGCCUUCAUGGCGGAGCUGCAGUCCAACAAGGAGUGGCUGGAUAAGAUCCAGAAGGACGGCAUGCUGCUGGUGUCGGAGAAGCCGGAGACGGAGGCGGUGGUGAAGGAGAAGCUGUCGGCGCUGCAAAGCAUGUGGGAGGAGCUGGAGUCGACCACGCAGACCAAAGCUCAGUGUCUGUUCGACGCCAACAAGGCCGAGUUGUUCACGCAGAGUUGCGCCGACCUCGACAAGUGGCUGGGCGGCCUGGAGGGCCAGAUCCAGUCCGACGACUACGGCAAAGACCUGACCUCCGUCAACAUCCUUCUCAAGAAACAACAGAUGCUGGAGAACCAGGUGGAGGUGCGUCAGCGGGAGGUGGUGGAGCUGCAGAGCCAGGUGAAGGCUCUCGGUCAGGAGGUGAAGGACACUGACGAGGUGGACGGCCGGAGGCAGCUGGUGGAGAGGAAGUUCCAGGAACUGCUGGAGCCGCUGCGCCGCCGAAAGAACCUCCUGGUGGCGUCCAGAGAGGUUCAUCAGUUCAACCGAGACGUGGAGGACGAGAUCCUGUGGGUUCAGGAGAGGAUGGCCGUCGCCACGUCGACCGACCACGGACACAACCUGCAGACCGUCCAGCUGCUCAUCAAGAAGAAUCAGACGCUGCAGAAGGAGAUCCAGGGCCAUCAGCCUCGUAUUGACGACAUCCUGGAGCGCAGUCAGAGCCUCCUGAAGGACGAGUCGUCCGACGCCGACGCCAUCCGGCAGCGGCUGGCCGACCUGCAGCAGCUGUGGCGGCAGCUGAUGGAAGAGGCGGAGCGCCGCCACGGCAGGCUGGAGGAGGCGCACAAGGCCCAGCAGUACUACUUCGACGCAGCCGAGGCGGAGGCGUGGAUGAGCGAGCAGGAGCUUUACAUGAUGUCAGAGGAGAAGGCCAAGGACGAGCAGAGCGCCGUCACCAUGCAGAAGAAGCACCAGAUCGUGGAGCAGGCGGUGGAGGACUACGCUGAGACCGUCCACCAGCUGUCCAAGACCAGCAGAGGACUGGUGGCUGACGGACACCCUGAGAGCGAGCGGAUCAGCAUGCGUCAGUCUCAGGUGGACAAGCUGUACGCUGGCCUGAAGGACCUGUCAGAGGAGAGGCGGGGCAAACUGGACGAGAGGCUGCGCCUCUUUCAGCUCAACCGAGAGGUCGACGACCUCGAGCAGUGGAUCGCCGAGAGGGAGGUGGUGGCCGGAUCCCACGAACUGGGACAGGACUACGAGCACGUCACUAUGUUGCAGGAGCGUUUCCGGGAGUUCGCUCGGGACACGGGGAACAUUGGCCAGGAGCGCGUGGAUGCCGUCAACCGCCUGGCGGAUGAGCUGAUCAACGCCGGGCACGGCGACGCGGCCACAGUGGCGGAGUGGAAGGAUGGGCUGAACGAGGCCUGGGCCGACCUACUGGAGCUCAUCGACACCCGGACGCAGAUCCUCGCCGCCUCCUUUGAGCUCCACAAGUUCUACCACGACGCCAAGGAGAUCCUGGGACGCAUUGUGGACAAGCAGAAGAAGCUCCCGGAGGAGGUGGGCCGCGACCAGAACACAGUGGAGACGCUGCAGAGGAUGCACACCACCUUCGAACACGACAUCCAGGCCCUGGGAACACAGGUGAGGCAGCUGCAGGACGACGCCACGCGCCUCCAGUCGGCGUACGCCGGCGACAAAGCGGACGAUAUCCAGCGACGGGAGAGCGAGGUGCUGGAGGCCUGGAGGAGCCUGCUGGAGGCCUGCGACGGACGCAGGCUCCGCCUCAUCGACACGGGGGACAAGUUCCGUUUCUUCAGCAUGGUCCGAGACCUGAUGCUGUGGAUGGACGACGUGAUCCGGCUCAUCGAGGCCCAGGAGAAUCCCAGGGACGUGUCGUCAGUGGAGCUGCUGAUGAACAACCAUCAGGGCAUCAAAGCAGAGAUCGACGCCCGAAACGACAGCUUCACCGCCUGCAUCGAGCUCGGGAAGUCGCUGCUGGCCAGAAAACACUACGCUUCAGAGGAGAUUAAGGAGAAACUGCUGCAGCUGACGGACAAGAGGAAAGAGAUGAUUGACAAGUGGGAGGAUCGAUGGGAGUGGCUACGACUCAUCCUGGAGGUGCACCAGUUCUCCCGGGAUGCCGGCGUGGCCGAGGCCUGGCUGCUGGGUCAGGAGCCCUACCUGUCCAGCAGGGAGAUGGGUCAGAGCGUGGACGAGGUGGAGAAGCUCAUCAAACGCCACGAGGCCUUCGAGAAAUCCGCCGCCACCUGGGAGGAGCGCUUCUCCGCGCUGGAGAGGCUGACUACGUUGGAGCUGCUGGAGGUGAGGAGGCAGCAGGAGGAAGAGGAGAGGAGGAGGAAGCCGCCGACUCCAGAGCCAGCUGUGAUUGAGCAGGAGGAGUCACCACAGCAGCAGAGCGGAGUCAUCAAUCAGAACGGACUCCCGUCAGACCAGGACUCUCCUCCGGACGGCGUGGACGGUGGAGAUCUGGUGAACGGCGUGGCGGAGCGGAGCUCCAAGGAGCCGAGCCCCACCCCCUCGCCGACCUCCGGCAGGAAGAGUAAAACCAGCCAGUCCAGCACGCUGCCCUCCAAGAACCAGGACUCGUCGUCGCAGCUCGAAGGCCUCCUGCACCGCAAACACGAGUGGGAGGGGCAUAACAAGAAGGCGUCCAACAGGUCAUGGCACAACGUGUACUGUGUCAUCAACAACCAGGAGAUGGGUUUCUAUAAGGACAGCAAGGCGGCGGCUCAGGGCGUCCCGUACCACAACGAGCUGCCCGUCGGCCUGAAGGACGCCACAUGUGACGUGGCCUCAGAAUACAAGAAGAAGAAACAUGUCUUCAAACUCAGACUCACUGAUGGAAAUGAAUAUCUGUUCCAAGCCAAAGAUGAAGAGGAGAUGAGCACCUGGAUCCAGGCCAUCCUGAACGCCGGCGCCGCCGACGUGCAGAGCAGCAACCCCGGCACGCCGGCGUCAGGCCGCGCUCAGACGCUGCCGGCCGCCGUCACGCUCGCCACCGAGUCGAGUCCCGGCAAGAGAGAGAAGGACAAAGAGAAGGACAAGGAGAAACGCUUCAGCUUGUUCAGCAAGAAGAAGCAGUAAAGAAACACGAAGCGCUUUGGUGAAACUGACUCAGAGAAUCUGACGCGCUCUGAAGCAGCACGAGUCAUAUUUAGCUUCAGUACGUUUAAUUUCUCGUUAACCGCCGUCAGCUGCAAACUCACAACUGGAAUCUGCUUCAGAGCGCGUUCAGACUUUAGCUGCUUUCAGCUGUAGAACCGUCUUUACCUGAGAAAUGAAGCUGCAGUCUCUGAAACUGCACGUUAAAAGCGGCGUUCAGGUGAAUCUGUCGCUCAGAUAAAACCUUCGUCAAGUCUCACACGCAAGUUUCGCCGACGUUUCCUGUUCAUACAAACCCGUCUGCAGCAUUACAGACGUUUAAACUGUUAAAACACCUGUUUGUUUUUCAAUUUAAUGUGAAAUAUCGCGUCAAUAAAUGUCUCCGAUUUCUGAAUCUUUAUUUUUUUUUCAAAGAGAUUCUUAGCGGACGUUAGCGAGGCUACGAGAUCCAGUAAUCCGUCUUGAAGGGCGUAACGUGCUCUGUAAGUGUUUUAGAUGAUCCUCAUACAAGAUCAAAGAUUUCAUAACAGAAAACAAACAAACCUGGCUGUGACAUCACCGCCGAGCAGCCGAUGACGGCGUCGACGGCUGACAACAGCGAGGAGCAGAAAACGGUAAAAGUUUCACCAAAGUGCGACGUCGGGUUGUUGUUUUUUUUGUGUGUGUGUGUGUGUGUUUAUUCACCGUGCGUUUUGUUUUCUUUCUUCUUGUUUUUUUUUUAAUAUUUGGUUUGAUUUUCUUCGUGUUGCGUCGCUCGGGUCGAACACAAACUGCACCCGAGAACGAAAAACUGCGGCGGUUUUUCGGUUUAGACGUUGUGAUGUAACAGCGGUUCAUCGUCGACGAACUGUUGUUACAUCACGUCUGAAACGUCUCGGUGACAUCAGCAGGGACCACACACUUCAUUUUCUUUAUUUGUUGUUUUGUUUUUGUUUUUUCCAACAUUGUUUAUUUUUGUUUACUUUUUGAAACAGGUCUGAGUUAUUGAACGUUUCCUCAAUUUUGUGAGGGUGUCUUAAGAGACAACCUACAUUCUUCCUCUGCCGUUGAGAAAUUGGACCAAUAGUGCAUUUUUGUUUUAUUAUUUUUACUUUUUGUUUGUUUGUCUUCUGCUGCUCAGCAACCAUUUCCCCCCUCUAAGCCAAUCACCUUCGAGGAGGAGUAUGAUGUAAAAUGUCCACUUGCAUGCUUCAUCAGGCUCAGAGCGUCGCCUGAAAAACUCACCAGAAACUACAAAUCUUCUCUUCUUUUUUUUAAAAAUAUUUUUCUCAGUUUUCUUUGUUUCUAAUCAGUUUCAGAUCGAGUACAGAUGAUAAAGAUCAAUAUGUAUUAUAAACACAGCGUUGAUGUUAAAUGGUAAACGUACGUCAUGUACUGCAGACAGCUCUGGACAAAUGAAGGUUGCUUGCUUGUCGUCGGCUCUUCGCACCGCGCUGCGCUCUGAUUUUCUGCUCUUUGAUACUCGUGUUGCUCUCCGUCACUGUAUAUCUAUUGUACUGAACAUGUAUGGAAGUUAACGCCAUCUUACUGCACAAUCAGAACUACAUCUAUAGGAAUGAAGAAGAAGAAAAUCCUUUGCAGGCCGUUUAAGGCCAAAUAUUUAAACAGAAGUUAGACCAUAAAGGCUUUUCUCAUGUAUGAAACUGCACCUGUAGACUUUAAAGCUCUCUCUCUGUCAAAUAUGUGCGAUGUCAUUAAAGGCUUUUAAACUUUA